ACAAUUCUUUGGCAAAAUCCUAUGCCAAAUACUUAUUCAUCCAUAAAUUUGGGUGUAUUCAUUAAUUCUUUUGAGGAAGAAAUAAGAUUGGAAUUGGAACAAAAUCAUGGAAUAAAUGUUAAUGAGUUACCUAAACCUUUAUUUAAUUAUGAAAAAUAUUUAAAAAUUUUAAAUUUAAGGGGAGUUAGACAUGCGGUAUUUUAUUGGUUAAAAAAUUAUCGACUUUCUAAAAAUCCAUUCUUUGAUGAAUGUAUUAAUUUUAAUCAAAAUCCAACAAUUGAUAUUAUUGAAAAAUCUUUAAUGAAAUUAAUAUUAAAAAAUUCUUAUAGGAUUGAUCAUUUGAUAUUGGAUUUAUCUCGUAGAUAUGGGGAUAUAUUGGAAGUUGAAAUUUUUACCAAUGAAGAAUAUUCUGGUAUUAGAAAUAUUACGAAAUUUUCUUUUGUUAAUAAUACUUCAGAAAUAUGUUAUAAUAAUAUUAAAAAUCUUUUGCAAGUUUUACCAACAUUAUGUACCAAGAUUGAGAUAUUCAAAUUUUAUAAUUUAAUUUAUUUACAUGAUGAAUAUGAAACAAGAUUGGUUAACUUCAUUAAAAAUCAAAAUCAAUUAACUUCAUUUGAUUUAUCAAAAGGUUAUAUUAAUAUUUCAAGAAUGAUUAUGGCUUUAAAAUAUCAAGCAACUAGUUUAAAAAGAUUAACUUUUAACAAAAUUA